AUGCUACGACCUACCGGAUUUGGGAGAGCGAAACAGUCUUCCGAGAAUCCGCUGCCCGACGAAUCUCGCCCUGAAGUUCCCUCUCCGAUGUUCACUAGUGCUGUCACACCCGACGCAAUAGGUUUCCCGGACCACAAAUUCUCGUCGUCAAUGUCCACGAGGCCUUUGAGACUCGAGCCAGCAGAAUUCUCAAGGACCCUUGAUUCUGGAGGAUUUCGCCUCUUGCCCUCUCCAUCGCUCACCAGAGCUGUCCCACAGGAAGCAUUGAAUCUUUCAAGUAUUGGUGAUUUCUCUCCAAGAUUUACCGGCGCUUUGACACCCAGAACUGUCGAGAUUCCGAGAACCGUGGAGAUUGGGGGUUUCCUCUACCAGAGAGUAGACUCGAAUCUUAGAGAAGACGCGAUGAAUCUCUCAGAUGGACACCACGGUGGACCUAGCUCAGGAAGUAUGCCUUUGCUUCUUCAGCAGCCACAGGAACGUCUCCCAAACCUAGACCGAGAGCAAUCACGAGUUUGGUCAUCCUCAGGUGUACAGCUGGAUCGCGAGGUUCAACGAAUAGACCACGGUUCCCACCAACAGAACAUCCACAAGCCGAGUCUUAGCCAAGUCCAGCAAAACAUCGAAUCCGAUUUCGCCGCUGCCCAAGAUGCACUGAGCGAAAUCCACCAAGAUUCCCAAGUACCAAGUACUUCUCAAGUACUCUCGUAUGCUGCGACGUCGAUCGAUGUGCAGCUCAACGGUGCUCCUUCCGCGCAACCAACAGUACGAAAGCCAAAGCUCAAAUCCAGGAUGCUCCGUGAACUUGAGCCAUACAACGAGUCCCCAGAGCCUGAGUCAGAGCCUGCGCCAGAGACGAUCCAGUCAUUCACUACAGGGUUUUCGCAGUCAGCACUGCCAAAGCCAAAGCGCACUUUGAAGAUGCUUCGCGAGCUCGAGGACUACAACGAAGCUCCAGGGCCUGACUCAGAAUCUGAGCAAGAACACCUCCAGCCCAGGACUGCGCGUUCGUCGAAGCCAGCAUCAUCGAAGCCGCGGCGUGAACCGCUGAUGCUCCGCGAGAUUGAGGCACACAACCAGUCUCCACAGCCAGAGUCCGAGGCUGAAAUAGAAACGCUCUCCGGUUUGAAGGACGAUCGGCCUAAGGUACGCUUGACACGCAGCGCACGCAAAAGCCUUUUAGACUUUGUGAAGAACAAGCCUCCAACGCCUAGGAAGAACCUGAACCUCGGUUCGCUCAUGCUCGCUGAGCUUAGUGGUGCUGAAAAAGGGACCAAGGCAUCUUAUGCUGAAGAUAGUAGCAACCUUGGGCCAUCUUCGUACCAGAGGCAGCAGGAGUAUAGGAAGGAGGUGAACUUUCAGGACGAGGAAGCAGACGAAGAGGAGGAUCCGUCGAGUUAUAUCAAAACAAAUGGUCGGAGCCAUCCUCAGCUGAUGUCAACAAGUCCAACAAUGCUUAGGCAGGGAAUGAAAUCUCGGGAUGGAAGCCGGCGGGAUCAGAGUUUGGCAGAUGAGUUGGCGUGGCUGACGUGGGAUAAUCAGAAAGAGAGAAUCCAUGAGCUCGUGAGCUCGCCUCGAUACAACCCACAUCCAUCACAGCAUGAGACGGAUGCACAAGGUCGCAAAAAGCCGGCAUACCAUGUCACAGCAGCCAUUCCGGAAGGCCACCAAGGUGCUUUUCGCAUGGAGAAAGGCUUGCACGUCUUCACCCCGACAGCGGCUGCUUUCUCGGAUUUUGGCCGCUUCUUGAAAGACGUCGAGGAGAUAGCCGGUCGCAAGAUAGGUGUUGUCAAGGUCAUCGUACCUUCCGAACUCCUAUCGCCGGUCUUCUCUCCACGAAGAAGUGAGUUACCCGAAUCGCCUGUCAUCAAGACCAUGAAAGUCAGCAUAAGCUUGAAUCAAGAUGCGACGGCAGAGCCUUCCAAGAUUUACGAUAUGCUCACAACAGAUGACUCAACUUCCUUAGGAGCCGAUGAAUGGUUGCAUAUGAUUCAACGGGACAAAGAUGGGAUCAUCAAGAAGCGCGAUAUUAGCCCAGAAGCUAUCAGUCGCAAUGAUGUCUGGAAAGAGAAUCAUGUGCUUAAGCCAUAUGAAGAGAGGAGAAUGAUUCGGCAUAGCGAGAAGCAGGACGUAGCCGUGUUGUGUGCUUUGAACGAGCCGGCGACUCCUAUUCUGCGAGCUGCUCUGAACUGCAAAAAUCCAAACAUUGAGGACUUCCUUGGCAACCGCUUCGCAUCUUCUCGAUCGACUCAAUCAGGCAUCAACAUGUCUGUCUUCCAUAUCGCUGAUGGUCCCGGUCCACUGUCUCCGCUGCAGACGAAUAAGUAUGCCGCUUACUCGCUCAAUUACCAUCACUCUGGUGCUCCCAGAAUCUUGACAGUGACCCUACCAGAGCACCAUGCAAAGCUUGAAGAAUUCGUGCACAUCACACAGGACAGUGGAAAUCUACUCGGUCGACCUCCAAAGCCUCCGACGUGCAGCCAAUUUGUUGCACACCAGCCAAUGUACGUGCCACAUGCGACCCUGUCAUUCUAUGACGUCAAUUGUACAGAAGUGGUCCAGCACCAGGGCGAGAUGGUGAUAACCUUCCCGUAUGCAUACCAUCAAGCAUAUACUUCUGGACCGAACAUCACAGAAGAGAUUCUGUACGCCAGUGACCGCUGCAAGGUGUUUCAUCGAGAGAACAUAUAUCAGCACUGCACUCGCAGCUGUGCUGCCGGGCAGCCCGACGACUUCGAUCUGAAAUUCGUCUUCACCAACACAUUGAGCAGCCCUCGAAGUGGCCACGGUCGUCGCUCAGGUCUCGAAUGUCCCUCCGCUUCCCUUUCGCCAUGCCAAACCUCAGAAGCUAGUACCUCUCAAGAGCGUGAUAACGACGGUCGUUCAUCCAAGCGCUUGUCAGGUCUUAAAGCCAUGGACCGCGUCUCUGAUGACGGCGACUGGAUCGAUCCCUCAGCUCAAGCAUCCAGAAUUCAGCCAAGCACACACCGGAAGGCUAAUCGUAUGACUUCCAACCCUUACGAGCCUGACAUGUGGGACACAGACCACGCCUUUGGACAUUCACAUGACCCAUCAGACAAUGACGACGGCAGUCCCAUCGGCGGAAUCCGACCACGAGAUGCUGUCACUGGUCGUCUUCUGAUGCCACAUGAAUGGCGCAUCUCUAAGACAAAGCGUGGCGAUGAGUCCGAUGAAUCCCCUCUCAAGCACAGCCGCCACAACUAG